GACACACCUCCUUAAAAAAAUGGCGGCGUCCCGUAUGUGCCAGGCAACCCAAGAACUUUCCUGUUCCAGUCGAGAAACUGCACGUUAAAGCAAACAUGUCGGGUGAAUACGUUUAAUGUUCUUCAGAAUGGGGCAUUACCUGGCUAAGAGGCGCUGAGCUGCCGUCAUGCCGGGAGAGGAUGUACGUCAGCGGAAGGGCGGUGGCAGGUCCAGAAAGGGCAAGUCUAAGGGGAAGGGUCGUCAGGCCGCCGGUGCCCUGGAUCCCUUGGGGGCCAGUGUGGACCGGCAAGAGCAGCCUCUGUGCCCUGAGCUGUCUCCUGUCCUCCCCCCUAAAAAAACACUGGAGGAGAAGACUGCCAAGGCCAAGCUCGAGGAGGAGUCUUUUGCUGCCAUCUGCUUCCAGGUGCUGUUCCCUUACCUGCUGGCUGGACUGGGAAUGGUGAUGGCUGGCAUGGUGCUGGACAGUGUACAGCACUGGGAGGUGUUUAAGAAGAUUACGGAGGUGUUCAUCCUGGUGCCGGCCCUGGUGGGGCUGAAGGGGAACCUGGAGAUGACCCUGGCAUCGCGUCUAUCCACUGCGGCAAACACCGGACAGAUGGAUGAUCCUGGUCAGCAGUGGACUAUGGUGUGCAGCAACCUGGCCCUGAUUCAGGUGCAGGCCACAGUGGUGGGCUUCCUGGCAGCUUUGGCGGCGGUGGGGCUGGGUGCGCUCUCCCGAGGCGGAGUGGAGCUGGACCAGGCCGCUGUGCUGUGUGCCAGCAGUGUGACCACGGCCUUCGUGGCGGCUCUGUCCUUAGGUCUGGUCAUGAUCGGGGUGAUCAUCGGGUCCAGGAAAGUGGGCAUCAACCCCGACAAUGUGGCCACGCCCAUCGCCGCCAGCCUGGGGGACCUGAUCACAUUGUCGCUGCUGGCCGGAGUGAGCAGCGCCCUCUACCAGUACAGAGAGCUGUGGUACCUGUCUCCCCUGGUCUGUGCACUGUUCUUGGGGCUGAUCCCGUUCUGGGUGGUCAUCGCUAGCCGCAGCCCGCAGAUCCAGGAGGUCCUGAGGUCGGGAUGGCAGCCUGUCUUAGUGGCCAUGUCAAUCAGCAGCAUUGGCGGGCUCAUCCUGGACCGGACGGUGAGCGACCCCAACUUCGAGGGCAUGGCGGUGUUCACCCCCGUCAUUAAUGGUGUGGGGGGGAACCUGGUGGCGAUUCAGGCCAGUCGGAUCUCCACAUACCUGCACUUCUGGAGCAUUCCCGGGGUGCUGCCGCACAAGAUGAGGCAGCACUGGCCCAACCCCUGUGCCACCUUCUUCUCUGCAGGGGUCAACUCCAGGUCAGCCAGGGUGCUGUUCCUGCUGGUGUGCCCGGGUCACCUGGUGUUCCUCUACACCAUCCACCUGCUCCAGGGAGGCCACACCCCCAUCACCCUGCCCUUCAUCUGCUGCUACCUGUGUGCGGCCCUGCUCCAGGUGGGGAUCUUGCUGUACAUGGCUGACCUCCUGGUGCGGCUGAUGUGGAGGCGGAGCCUGGACCCAGAUAACUUCUCCAUCCCGUACCUGACAGCGCUGGGGGACUUGCUGGGGACAGGCUUCCUGGCCCUCUGCUUCCACCUGCUCACGCUGGCCCAGGGGCCCGGGCUGUGAGGGACCGCCCCCCUGCCCACGCCCCGUCUCCUGCACCACACACACACACACACACACACACACACACUCAUACACUCAUACACUCACUCACUCACACUCACUCACUCACUCACUCACUCACUCACUCACACAUACACAUUCUCACACACUCACACAUACACAUUCUCACACACUCACACACACACAUUCACACACACACACACACACACACAUCUCCACCCAGGAGCAGCGCAGCUGAGACCUCUCUCCACAGCUGGGUCACGACCCCUGACCCUUUUGGACCCCUUAACCUGCGACCUUUUGCAGAGGUCAAGGAUCCAUGCGCUGUUCAUCGAACCUCUGCUGCUGAAGGGCAGACGCAUACAGACACAUACAGACUCACACAGACCACAAACAGACGCACAGACAUGCAUACAAACACACAAACACACAAAAACAAACAAUCACACACACAGGCACUCACAGAUGCACACACACUACUGUGGGACCGGUCACAGACUUGAGGAACUGAACAGGGGUCCUGUAGACCCCGGCCAGGUUUCCAUUCUCAUUCUGCCUUUAGCUGGAGCAGCUAGGCUUCAUAGCGCUGGUGUCCCACCCUGAAGAAAAUGCCACAGCAUGUGCUCCUUACAGGGGGUGGACAGAGAGAGAGUUUGGGACAGAUCUCACAGGAGUUCCUGAAGCUCUCAUUCCCUGUAGUUUUUCAAUAAGGCUUUCCGUCACAAAACUAGGCUUUCCAUCACAAAACUAGGCUUUCCGUCACAAAACUAGGCUUUCCAUCAAAAAAACUAGGCUUUUCGUCACAAAACGAGUCCAACGUACGCAACAGAGAAUCAAAGUUAUAAAGGCGCUUUUCUGUAUUACAAGUAGCCUAUAUUUUUGUCCGUAACGAAGUAGGUAAUGUAUUCAGCCUGCCGUAGACUGAAGCUUGCUGCUCUCAUGGUGUUUGCUGUCGACCCCUGGCAAUCGAUGCAGAAUAUGCAGCGGUUGUACUGUAUGCACACGCUAAUUUAAUUUUCACUCGGAAACAAGUUUAUGAAUGGGAACUCUCAUCCAUAUAAUAAUACUAGCAGACGAUACUUAGUAAUAAUACUAAGUCGAGUAAUUGGAAAGGUUGUGGUGUUAGUUACGUUUACUUGAAUAACUGGACAAACCUAGGUCCAGAUGCCAGUGGCUUAUGUUUUCAGUAUCAUGGUGCCUCGUCUUGUCCAUCCGGAUGUUGAAUUGGUUCAUUGGGUGUCCAAGUUUUACCUCCAUUACAUUCAGACUUGUACGUACAGCUUCUGUUUUAUGUGCCGUCUGUGUAUGUGGUUAUAGAGAGUAGCCUACAUGCACUGUAGACCGUAUACCUGUCUAACAUACAGCGCAAUUUGUUUUCAUUUACAGUAAACGCAGUUGAGAUAUUUGUCCGAAUAAAAUAUUUAUCUUGUAUCUUAAUGUUCUUGUAAGUAUAUUUUUGAAGUCAGUAACUGAAAUCUAAUAAAUACAGGUAUAACUUU